AUGCGCAAGGGAAAGAGAGCCAAGAAGCGCGACGAGACCGUGACCGGGUCCGAGCAGCAACAUGGUCCGGGCUCCCUUGAGGCCGUGGUGCAGGGCCAACGGGGCAUAGAUGAGAAGCCAACACCGCAAGUACAGGUCGAGGUUGGAAUAGAGAGGCUGACUCUGGACGACAAUCUCGAUGGUCCGGGAUUCCUUGUGCCGCUACUCGAGGACAACACCUCCAGCACUGAUGCGAGCUGCUCCUCAACCUCAACCUCAACCUCAACCUCAACCAUCACACCCCCGCAAGACACCCUCCUCGAAGUUGUCAGCACGCCCGACCGCGGCCUCGCCGUCUUCACCACCCGCAAAAUCAAAGCCGGUACCCUCAUCCUCGCGGAACGGCCGCUCAUCGCGCUCUCCAAAACCGAGGAAACCGACUCACAAUCCAUUGAGCGCCACUUCGCCGCCCUCCCCAGGCCAGAGCAAAAGGUGUACCUCUCACUCUUUGACGCGCAAAAGUCGCGCAUGUCCCGCGUCGUCUCGAUCUACUACUCCAAUUGCUAUAACUGCGCGGGCGAGGGCUCCACAAGAGACGGCUCCGCCAUCGGCGCGCUCUCCAGCCGGAUCAACCAUUCUUGCGUGCCGAACGUGCAGUUCUCGUACCAUGCGGGCAUGGACGAGAUGCGCUUCUUCGCCCUGAGGGAUAUCCCGCGCGGGAGGGAGGUGUGGGGGAAUUAUGAGCGGGAGGUGUGCCAUCGGGUGGCCGAGCGGCAGAGGAGACAGCGCAUGUAUUAUGGGUUUGCGUGUGCUUGUGAGGCGUGCGUGCCCAGGACGGAGUUCUGGGCGAGAAGCGAUGAGCGGAGGAGAGGGAUGUAUGAUGCGUUGGGAAGGGUCAAAGGACUGGAGAAGAGAUGGGCAGCAGAGGAGCGGGGAGAGGAACGGAGAGAGGAGGAGGGAGUUGGCCAAAGUGAGAACGAGUACGAGAAGGAGAAGCGGAAGCAGAAAGAGGGCGCUCUAAUCGUGAUUGAAGCCCUAGAUGCGCUGACUAGGCUGGAGGGCCUGUUGAUAAAGGAAGGUCUCGUCGGUGUGCCGUUGGCGAACACUUAUAGGCGCAUGGCGAAGUGGGCGGAGAGGAAAGGCGAGACGGCCACACAGGAUGUUGUCAAGUGGAAGACGCGGGAACUGCAGGUCUGCAUCACUUGUUUUGGCGACGAUGGUCAGCGCGCACAAGAUAUUAAGACGAGGUUGGACGAGUUGGUACGCAGGGAGAGCCCUAUCUGA